AUGCACGAGAUUGUUCACAUCCAAGCCGGUCAGUGUGGUAACCAGAUCGGUGCUAAGUUUUGGGAAGUGAUAUCUGAUGAACACGGGAUUGACCCGACUGGCACAUACCAUGGUGACUCUGAUCUUCAACUGGAACGUAUAAAUGUUUACUACAAUGAAGCGACUGGUGGGAAGUACGUGCCUCGUGCUGUCCUAGUGGAUUUGGAACCUGGGACUAUGGAUAGUGUUCGUGCGGGACCAUUCGGCAACAAUUGGGCAAAGGGUCAUUAUACGGAAGGUGCUGAGUUAGUGGACUCAGUGUUGGAUGUUGUUCGGAAGGAAGCGGAAUCGUGUGAUUGUCUUCAAGGCUUCCAACUUACUCAUUCUCUUGGUGGUGGGACAGGAUCUGGAAUGGGUACGCUUAUGAUUUCAAAGAUUCGUGAGGAGUAUCCUGAUCGUAUCAUGAACACAUUUUCGGUAUCUGACACUGUUGUGGAGCCUUACAAUGCGACUCUGUCAGUUCACCAGCUAGUGGAAAAUACCGACGAGACAUUCUGCAUUGACAACGAGGCGUUGUACGAUAUAUGCUUCCGCACACUGAAACUGACCACGCCUACUUAUGGUGAUUUGAACCACUUGGUAAGUGCAACGAUGUCGGGAGUAACAACGUGUCUUCGUUUCCCUGGUCAACUGAAUGCCGAUUUGAGGAAACUAGCGGUCAACAUGGUGCCGUUCCCUCGACUUCACUUCUUCAUGCCUGGGUUUGCUCCACUGACCAGUCGUGGUAGUCAACAGUACCGGUCUCUCACAGUUCCAGAGCUAACUCAACAGAUGUUUGAUGCGAAGAAUAUGAUGGCUGCGUGUGACCCACGUCAUGCACGAUACCUAACAGUUGCAGCAAUGUUCAGAGGCCGCAUGUCGAUGAAGGAAGUUGAUGAACAAAUGCUGAACGUGCAGAACAAGAACUCGAGCUAUUUUGUUGAAUGGAUACCGAAUAACGUGAAGACUGCUGUAUGCGACAUACCGCCUAGAGGUCUGAAGAUGUCGGUCACUUUUAUUGGUAAUAGCACUGCUAUUCAAGAGCUGUUCAAGCGUGUUAGUGAACAGUUUACUGCGAUGUUCCGACGCAAAGCUUUCUUGCAUUGGUAUACGGGAGAGGGGAUGGAUGAAAUGGAGUUUACUGAAGCGGAGUCCAACAUGAAUGAUCUGGUGAGUGAGUAUCAGCAGUACCAAGAUGCGACAGCGGAAGAAGAGGGAGAGUUUGAGGAGGAGGAGAAUGAAGAGGCUUGA